AUGCAGCUACUCACUGUUCUUCUGGCCUCUGCCUCUGUGGCUCACGCCCACUACAACUUCAACGCCUUGAUUUACGGUGGCACCACUCAACCGACCUGGCAACAAGUCCGAGAGCGAUCCGACAUGAAUAGCCAUGGACCGGUAACAGACACUUCAUUGCUGGAUAUCCGAUGUGGAAAGGAUGCAUCCACCGCAUUUGCUCCAGGUAUCUUGUCAGUAGCCGCAGGAGAGACCCUCGGCUUUGCCGUCGACCCAGAAAUUCAGCAUCCUGGUCCAGCUCUAGCCUACUUGGCUAAAAUUCCAGCCGGAAAGACUGCUGCGAACUGGGACGGGAGUGGUGCUGUUUGGUUCAAGGUUUGGGAACAAGGCCCUACCGCUCUAAAUACAAAUGGAGGAGUCUGGCCUUCAAGCGGUUUGAAGACUCUCAGCUUCUCAAUCCCCAAAGCUACACCAUCCGGUGAUUAUCUUGCACGAAUUGAGCAUAUUGGCCUCCACGCAGCUGGCCAGAAGAACGGUGCACAGUUUUAUCUGUCCUGCGGACAAAUUACGGUUACGGGCGGUGGCAGUGGAACUCCAAGCCCAUUGGUUUCGUUCCCUGGAGCUUACUCGGCAACUGACCCUGGAAUUCUGAUCCAAAUCUAUUACCCUGUGCCAACCAGCUAUACUAUUCCUGGCCCAAAGGUCUGGACUGGAUAG